AGCCUCGGCGCCACCAUCACCAGCCAUCCUCUCCCAGAGGCCAAACCCACCAGCAGCCAACCAGCACUCACUCACUCUAUUCAAGCAGGCAGUACAGGCAGCUUCUCCGAUCCUCUCGCCCUUGGACAACGCAGCCUAGUUUCAACUGUUGAAGCCACGGCAGAGAUGAGGCGUUGCAGCCGUAUCUCUUCGCCGCUCGCGGCUGUUGCCCUGCUCCUCCUCAUCUGCCUCUUCCACUGCGCCGCAGCGGCUCGACCCCUGCCUGUUUCUGUUGCUCCUCUGGUUAUCCAAGAGAAUGGAGCCAAGGUGGCUGCAGAUGAUGAACCGGUGAUUCAGAAAGACGCCGCGGCUAGUGGCGAUGAGCUCCCAUCAGUCGCUGAGACUGAGGUGAUGGGAGCAGAGGAGGAGGCGGAGGAGCCGGCGUGCGAGGAGGGCAACGACGAGUGCCUGCAGAGGCGGCUGCUCCGGGACGCGCACCUCGACUACAUCUACACCCAGCACAAGGGCAAGCCAUGAGCCCGUGUGAGGGUGAGGACAGGCAGCUGCAGAUCCUCAUCUCGGUUGGUUGUUCUUGGUUGGGACUUGGGAGUCUGACGAGUACAUGCUGCAAAGUUGACACAGGGAAUCUCAUCUAGUACAUCUACCUUCUGCUAGGUUAAUUAUAAGUUCUGCCACUAAUUAGUAUCCGUGAUCCAUCUCUAGGAUUAGUAUAUGCGUGUGUCCGUCACCUCGUUUGUACAUCUCUCUAUAAUACAUGCAUGUUUUACCACUAUUUUCUUCAAGGCUUUUGAUUGUAAUCGGCGCAGUAUGAGAUAUAUUGUAAAGCUGAUCAGGUUUGUUCAUGUGUGCCA